AUGACUUGCAUUGCUUCUGCGUUUAAGGCUUUGUGUUUGUCUCUCUUGUUCGUCGCUGCCGUUGCAAGUCGUCCGACCAAUACGCCAAAGGUUUUUAACGUCCAACGGUAUGGUGCCAAAGCUGGCGGAAAAACUGAUAACGCCAAGAUUUACUUGACUUCACAACUUGUGAAUCAACACUGA